AUGGAGACUAUUUAAAUUGAAAUUUGAAAUUUCGGAAGCUCGUAGAGUUUUAAUUGUUUUGUGCGUACGUGCCAUUAAUUUUGUAUUCGUAAUGGUUAUUAAGGCUUACUUUGAUUCUCGGAAUAAUGAACUUUUUGAUAUGUGUUUUUUUAUACAUAAGGUGGUUCGAUGUUCUAAAGUUGUAUUUAUCGAGGACAGUCCUAUGAGCUUGAAGCUUAGUACUGUAUUUGAGAAGCUUUCUAAAGAAUUUAGAUCAGUUAAUGUAAUGAAAAAGGGCGAAAUAGUAAGGUUGAGCAUUUGCGGUAACUAUAUUUUAGGAGAACAUGACUGUAAAAGCACUAUUUUCAACCCUGCUAACCUGAAUUUUGAUUCUUUCUUGGAGAUCGGAAAAUACAAAUGUAAGAUAAUGAUAAAUAUGCCAAAUAUAUAUUUUUCUUUUCCAAAACGCGUGGCUUUCGACUACCCAGUUACACCAGAUUUCAACGAGAUCGAUAAAUACUUUGACGUUUCUGCAUGUGAUUACAAAUGGUUUAAAUGUUCUGAUCCCAGAACUUCGCAGACUGCAAACUGGAUUGAAGUUGGGACGUCGUUUUCUUACAUUCCCAAAUAUGAUGAUUUGGGACAUUUUUUAAAGUUUGAAUGCACACCAAGGACUUCGAGAGGUAAAGCCAAAAGUAUGGUUGCAGUGGCUAACAAUCCUGUUUUUCAUGGAGAACCAAAACCUGAGCGGUUACAUGCUGUUCACCGUUACACUUUCACUAAGAAUAAUUUGAUGGGUUGUAGUUUCCGGGUGGUUUCUUAUAACGUCCUGUCCGAUAUCUAUGCAAAGAGGAAUGAAGAACGAGGGAAGAUCACUCAUUGUCCGUACUACGCCAUCGAUUCUACUUACAGGAUGGAAUUGGUUCAGAAGGAAGUAGCUGGUUACAAUGCUGAUGUAAUUUGUUUGCAAGAAGUUGACCAAUAUGCAUAUUACAACAUGCUUAGAACAUUUUUUGAAGCACGGGGAUAUUUUGGGGUCUAUUGUUUGAAACAUCCGGGGUUAAAUGAAGGACUAGCUGUUUUCUUCCAAACUGUUAAAUUCAGAUUGUGUGAAAGUACUUACGUACUCUAUCCGAAGGAGAUGUUCUGUAAAAAUCCUGUGUAUCGAUAUCUGAGCGAGGAAGUCAGUAGGAACAAGAAUUAUGCUGCUGCAUUCAAAAGGAGCCAAAAUAGCCUUGUGUGUGUUGUUUUGGAAACAGUAGCAGACUCCUCAAAAUAUUUGGUUGUUGUCAACACACAGCUACUUAGCAGUGAAGAAAAUAGCCACAUCCGUCUGAUGCAGAUUGCGAUGGCAAUAGAGUGUCUCCAUCACGUUAUUGCAAAGUACAAGGAAAAGGAACCGAAUGUGCGGCUUGCUUCGGUGAUGUGUGGCGAUCUGAACAGCCGGCCAGAUUCACACUUGUGCAGAUUAUUAACAACUGGUAGUCUUCCGGCGGACUGUCCCGAUUGGCACAGCAAAGAAAGUGAAGCUUUCGAAGGCAUGCCCCUUCAACAUGACUUGAGACUGAAGAGUGCUUACACCGACUUGCCAUACACAAACUACACUACUGAAUUCAAGGGCUGCCUCGACUACAUCUUCUACAGCUGUGAUGAUCUUCAGUUGAUCCAGACGGUGCCGAUCCCGGCGGAGAGCGAGCUGCAGGCUCAGGUGGCGCUGCCGAGUCUGGCGUUCCCCUCGGACCACCUGGCGCUGGUGGCAGACCUGGGGUGGCGCCGGGACGCCGAUGCCAGCGGCCCGUCGAGGCUGCAGGCGAAGCUGGGGGACCUGCAGGUGGCCCCCGGCAGGCGAAGAGCCCGCAAGCCUCGCGGGAGGAGCCGGGGAGGGAGAGGCACGGUUGCCGGGAACACGUAGUCGGGAGUACCUACCGUGUAUCUAACACGUUGUUUUGAUAACCAACUGUCUAAAUUGUACUAGUACCUAAAUAUAAUACAUUUAUACUAGCUGUGAUACCCAUCAUUGGCGAGUUUAGAUUUUUCAUUUCGUCACAUACUGUUGUGGUACAUUUUGCUCGUAUAUCUUCGUCACUAUGAAGAUACCCGAUAUUAUUAUUAUUGCUAAACAACUGUACUGUUUUAUCAGAUAUUCAACUGGAUAAUUUAGAUGAAAAUUGUACAGGAACAAAAAUCUCAAAAACUUUAAUUAUAAAUUAUAGUUAACUGCAUGAACUCUGAAUAAAAUUUUACGCUUACUGCUUAGUGUAAUGCUCUUUUUGGUUUUAGGGGGGAAAAAAAUUGGUAAUCGUAUUUAUUUUUGCCAUUAGAUUGAGUUCUGGUAACAAUUUAUUUUCUGACAUUGAAAACCUGCACCAAAUUUGAAUUUUAACUCUAAUAAACAUAAAUUUAUAACUGUAACCCAUGUUGAUAUUUCAUCUAGUGAAUAUAAAUAUGCUACAUAUCAUAACAUAGUUCCUCAGAGCCCAAGGUCUUAACUUUUAGUUACCUUAUGAUUUAGUCAUCUCUUCUGGCACAGCUCAGAUUUUUUUUAGAACCGGAGGAUUCUCUCCCUCCUCCCCCUCCUCACUCCAAAACUAAAUUUUUUUUUUCUUGAGACAGAAACAAAAUUAUAUCUUGAUAAAAAAUUCUUCAACACUACUGUAAGAAACCAUGUAAAAUGACCUUUUUGGUUCAUGGCUGAAACUAUUGCUUAGUGAUGAAAACUAGAUAUUUUUUUUUUUAAUAGCCAGAUAAAAUAUUUCCGUGUGCACUAAUUGGAUAUCAUAUGUGUGUGUGUGUGUGUGCCAAAUUUCAUUUCUGAAGUUGAGAUUUUGUUUAUUCUCAUAAAACUAUCUGAUCUAGUCAUAACUUUUUUGUUGUGCAUUGAAUGUGCAGGUGUCCAUUUAUUUUCAUGACAAAAUAUAAUCAUACAUAUAACACGUUAUUUAUUGUAAAAUAUCUAUGUUUAAUUUUAUUUCCUGCGAAAGGCUAUAGUUUGUUACAUUGUACAGUGGCUAUUAUAAUUUUUUGCACACUUAUUUAUCAUGUUAUUCUGUUAAAUAGUAUUUUAUGUUGUUUGUAAUGUGGAAUUCUUAAGCCAAUCAGAGAUACAGUUGAGCGGUCAAAAUAUGAUUUAAAAAAUAUAUAUAUUGCAUUAUUUGUAUAAAGGCACUUUCAAAGUUGUUUACUCCUAUCUGCUUGGUGUGUGUUCAUUUAUUAUUCGAGUUAUAGUGCAGGCCAAUCGUAUUGCUAGCUGGUAUCCCUAGUGAAAUGAAGAAGUGAAGCUCGGAUAGGACUGGAAGAGCCGAACAGUAGGCGGAGCCCUGCGCAACUAAUGGUGCUGAUGCGGUUACACAUCAACUGUUCUUGAAACAUCAUUGUUAGGGAUAAGAUUAUGUGGUGAAUUGCGAUAAAACCGAAAUAACACCGUAUAGUACCAAAAGGCAAGUUAAUGCACCACAAGGGCAUUGCCAGCCGAUGGCCAUCUGAUGGCCGGGGGGGCAAGUUGUGGGAAAAGUAUGUAUUUUUUUGCAUUUGGCUACAUUUUUUUGAAUCUCUAGGGCUCU